UAAACAAAGAGAAGCUUGAGAAAACAACUGGACUGAAAAUUCUGCAGACUGGUGUGGGGGAGAAAAGCAACGUCCCGCCGCUCGCGCAGCGUGGGGAAGAGGCAGAGUCCGCCAAAUUCCUCCUCCUCACCCUCCUAUCCCUCGCCUGCAUCGCCGGGGUCCUGGCUGCGUCGGGGGUCGCCUACUGCCUCCGCCACCGCGCCCACCACCGCCUGAAGGAGAAGCUCUCGGCCCUGGGGGCUGACGCCGGCUCCGACGCGCCCGCUGCUUACCAGGAGCUAUGCCGCCAGCGCAUGGCAGUGAAAACAUCUGAUCGCCCGGAGCCCCUCCACUCUUCCCGAAUAAACAGCGUUUCUUCUCAGCUCAGCGAUGGGCCCAUUCCCAGCCCCUCAGCCCGGAGCAGCACAUCGUCCUGGUGUGAGGAGCCGGUCCAGUCCAACAUGGACAUCUCCACCGGUCACAUGAUCCUGUCCUACAUGGAAGAUCACCUGAAAAACAAGAAUCGUCUGGAGAAAGAGUGGGAAGCUCUGUGUGCUUAUCAGGCCGAACCCAGUGACACCACUGUGGCGCAGCAGGAGGAAAAUAUCCAGAAGAACCGCUCCCAGGCUGUAGUGCCAUAUGAUCAUUCCAGGAUAUGUCUGAAAGGUGAAAGCAGCCACGACAAUUCAGACUACAUCAAUGCUAGUCCAAUUAUGGACCAUGACCCCAGAAACCCAGCAUAUAUUGCCACCCAGGGCCCUCUCCCUGCUACUGUCGCUGACUUCUGGCAGAUGGUCUGGGAGAACGGCUGUGUCGUUAUUGUCAUGCUGACACCCCUCGUGGAAAACGGAGUCAAACAGUGCUACCACUAUUGGCCAGACGAAGGGUCAAACCUCUACCACAUCUAUGAGGUAAAUCUUGUCUCUGAGCACAUCUGGUGCGAGGAUUUCCUCGUGAGGAGCUUCUACCUGAAGAACCUGCAGACAAACGAGACACGCACAGUGACACAGUUCCACUUCCUUAGCUGGAACGAUCAGAGGGUUCCUGCUUCCACGAGAUCACUUCUGGAUUUCCGCAGAAAAGUUAACAAGUGCUACAGGGGUCGCUCUUGUCCAGUAGUUGUUCAUUGCAGCGAUGGUGCAGGAAGAAGUGGAACCUACAUUCUAAUUGACAUGGUUCUCAAUAAAAUGGCCAAAGGUGCUAAAGAGAUUGAUAUUGCUGCUACCCUGGAGCACUUGAGGGACCAGAGACCAGGCAUGGUCCAGACAAAGGAGCAGUUUGAGUUUGCUCUGACAGCAGUUGCAGAAGAAGUGAAUGCAAUACUCAAGGCCCUUCCCCAGUGAGCAGCUCAGUUUCCUGAAGACUCCUGCAGAAUCCGUCCCUCGUUUUCCUCAUCCUCGGUCCCUGUGAAUGUUCUUGGAAACCGUGACCUGACCUUAACUGUGUAUCUUCUGUUGUAACCACAUAGUGAUAGGGUCCUUACAAACUCCUUUAGCUGGUAAAAGUUCAACAGUUAAAAUGUGUACUCUGUUUUUUGGGGUUUUAAACAAAUUUUUAAAAGUACAUCAGAGCCUCGGAUUAAGUGACAGAACAAUCCAUCUACUUCCUUUCACAUCCUUGAAGCCCUGAAUGUCACACUUUGAAAGCACACAUUCAUGUUCUUAAUAGCAAAUAUACAAUAUUGUGGGUAAUUAGUGCAGUCAAUAUAGUCUCAGAAAACAGUGUUCUGUUAUAUUUUGUAACUUCUCAAAGGCUGAAUAAGAAGGAGGGCCUGAAGAGGAUGGUGAUUGUUCCCAUACAAUGCCAAGCUGGAGCAUGAAACAGUGCUGAGGGUGUGAGUAAACACAGGUCCAGGCUCUGGCAAGGAAAGCUUGCACCUUCUCAUGCCAGGCUUUGGCAAGCAAAUGUUUUCUUAACUGUUGUUUACUUUUCAGCUUUGUGCCAUGAGAGGAAGAAAUUCUGAACUAUAAGUAAAACAGGCUUGCACAGUUAUUGCAACUGGGGAGGUCAUGUUGGUCACAUUAAUGGGAAGCUGGGGGAUAACGAGCACAACAGCUCUGACCAUGUACCUGCCACUGACAGCACAGAAAAGAGAGCGUAGACUCCCCUCAGGUGAUGAGAAAGGCCCUGUCAGCAAUCAGGUAACUGUCUGGAGCUGUUAUGGAAACAGAUUGUUGGUUUUAUGGGAUUACUGAGGAAGAAAAUGGGACUCUUUAUAUUUUUGCAUUUCCCUCUGUAAAGCUCUGCUGGGCCACCCUUUUUAGCCAGGAAAAUAUAUUUCUGUGAAAGCCUGGCUGAAGGAGAAAUCUCCAGUCUGCAUUUUGUGAUUCUCAUCGAGUUUGUCUGAUCCAGAAGUUCAUUGCAGCUUUCUGCAGAGACUCCGCUUGCUCCUUGUUCUGAAUGAUACCUAUUUUAGCUAAGCAUGAAGGGGUAAAGCAACACACAGGUUGAAUUUCAGAGAUUCUUGUGUUCUCAAAAUCCUAAUGCCUACUGUUGCAAAGUAAUGCUAAAGUAUGUCUGUAAUUGGUUUGACUUAUGGAAUCUUGCUUCUGUGAAUUCACAGGUUUAGUUGUGGCACUCUUCUGAAGGAAUUUAAAUUAUUGAUAGAAAGUACUCUGAUAGGUUUGAACGAAGGGCCUGAGAGUAAAAUUACUGAAGGUACCCAAGUGAUCUAGGCUCUUAAUUUCAUUUCCAAAAAUGAAUACUUGGAUGCUAUUUCAUAUGUUAUCCUACAUCUCCAUGACUUAAGAAUCUGGGGUGCUUUUUUUUCCAAAAGCUUAAGAGUGUUGUGUGCUUGAAACCAUAUUAGGCUAAUCAUUUAACUUCAGUGCUGGAAAAUAUAUCAUUGAAUUUAAUUUGGGAAGGGGACACUUUUAUAAACUUCUAAUCAGUGAAAUGUAAGAGAUAACAGUAUCAUAGAGUUUUGCUGGCACAGAGGUAAUGGGCAUCUAUCGAAAUCAACCAUAUUGCAGUUUUGUGUUGUGGAUGUGGAUAUUUGGUGAUUUCUUCUUUUUAUCAAUUAAAGAGUUACUAAAAGAAAAAAAAAAAAGCAGAAGGCUUGUUACUUUUUGCCAUACAUUUUUGUAUGCUUUACUUGAUAUGUGCUGUUGCUUGAUUUGUGCAUUCCAUUACUAUAGCAGUGCAGAGCAGUUACUGCAGAUGCCAUCAUCCUCUUAAGUACACAUACUGUACAUUAAGCCACAUGUUUAUUUUAUGGCCUAAGCAUUUUAGAGCUUUCCUAGCAAUAACUAAAAAAACUAAUGGAGUAUAAAUGAGAAAAUUACCUUUUUCAUUUGAUAAUUUAGGUUUAACAGGAUUCUUUUAUUACUUUAGCUAACACAAAAUUGCAGAUCAGGGCAGAUGAGAUCAGUUUGAGCCGUAUCAGCAAGUGUUCGAAGUAGAUUUACUGUGAGCUGUGUACUGCAGCUUUCUGAAAAUACAGGUGGUUGUAUGCAAACAAACUUGUCCAAAGAAUCAAAAUUGGGGCAUCCUGACAGGGCCUCUGAUUAUUGGGUAGAAUUGUUUCCCGGUGUGAGAUGCUGUGCCAUUACCCACUAAUGGGCUAAUGGGUUUUUAGCUCAGAUUUCUGCCCUGGGAUUCAUUAGCGUUCGCCUUCUGACUGUCCCUGUGCAUACCACAAAGAUGCCUGACGAGCCUUUCGUUUGCACUUCAGGAAUAUUUUUUAAUUGUUCUUUUGCAAAUAUUUGCGUUUCAUAAUAGCAAUUUCAGGGUGAUCCCUAUUAAUUCACAAGCAGCUGAGUGUGGGACUUAAAUAUUUCUCUUCAUGCUUCGGAGUUUAUUUAGCAUAGAUUAGAGGGCAUUAAUCUUCCCCAAGGCUAAUGGGGCAGGAAUGUAUUGUUUUAUUCAUACUUGUAGACCAGUUUACACAACAGAGGGAUGCAGUCUUACUCGGAGGGUUAGAGUAUCUCCCACUGACCAUCAUUGACAAUCCUGUUAUUUCAGCCAUGUUUUGUACAGUUCUUCCACAAAGAGGUGCCAGGCUUAUUUUGUUGACUGUAAACAAUCACACAGAGUAUUUUGUCUGUACAUAGCACACUGUUCACGCCUCUCAAUAAAUGCCAUGCUUCUGGGGGUGAUAAUCUGCUGCAGGGUCGAUUAGUGAAACCCAGGUUUCAGUCACACCAGGGCAAUCCAGGGGGGUUUGAUAAUCCAUUCCCCAGGAAGAUGCCAAAGCCAUGGAUGAAGCCACAAAGAUGGAUCUGCCACACAGGGCAGGUAUUUCCUUUCACAGCAGUUAACUUAAUCCUUGUGAUCUGUCAAAAGAUGCUGUUCAGAACAACCCCUGAUCACUUACGCUGGACAUGGGACCCACCCCAUGUUCACCGUCAGGUUGAACUGAGCUUCUGUCUGAAAACCAGAAUCACCUGAGAGCCUGGAGUCAAAUGAGACCCACUAUCUUUCCCUGUUCAAUAUUCUGCUUGAUCUUUAGUAAACUCAUUGCGAUUGAAGCUUGGGCUGGUGCCUGAUGCGUGGCUGUAAACAGCGUGUGUUUAACAUUGACCGUCCUGGUGUUCUUGAUAAAGACAAAUUGAAUGUCCAGGUUCUGUUUGUGUGGUUGAAUCUUUAAAUGACAUUUGGGGGGGUGAGCUGCAGGAGGGUGAUUUAACCCCACUGCUCACAGUUUCCUUCCUCGCUGGUCAGAGGGAGAAAACCCUGUUUUCCCACAGUCAGCACCCGCAGCUGCUGUCCUGGAGCAGGGCAGUGACCCCACCAGACCCCAGGCUUGUGUAGUCACAGUGUGUCCAGGUAUGAGGGAUGGAGAUGUGGUUCACCGCCACUGAUAGUUCACAGGGGUAACAGCACAGUUGCUCUCUCCAGCCUUCGCCCUUCCCAUGAUAUGGGUAGGGACUUAAAGGGAUGGAGUGGCAGGGCAGCACCAUUCCCCAGAUCCCUGAUCUUUGAGGUUCAGCCCUAGCCACAGGGAAAAGUGGGGAGUUUGCUGUUGGCUUCACAUGUUUCAAGUGUGAAACAUGACCAUUGCUGUUGGCUAUUGUUAGUGGAACCUGGUGCAGCCCAAGUAAUAUCCAGUGGAAGUCCUUGGCAAUUGCAAGGGCCAAGAAUGAAUUUCAGCAGAAAAUCACAUAUCCAAAUCUCAAUGCAGCAGCAAAACAAGCAAGAUUAUUUUUAUAGAAGCUACUAAACAUUUAAAACACUUAAAAAUAUUUUUAAAAUCUACACCCAUGACUAAACUUGUCCCUGUCUCUAGCAUGCAUGCAGAACCAAUCCCCAUCCAUCCCCAGGGGAAUGACAGCUAUAGUACCUGUAAGGAGUUCAUGCUUUAUUAGUCAAGUGGAACAUUAAUAAAACCUGGCCCACUUCAUAAUUUCCAGAAUAGUCAUUAAUUAAAAAAGCUGUUUAUUGGAAUAGAAAACAAGUAUUUGAUUAGCUUUGUUACAGAACAAUAGCUCUCCUAAUUUUUAUUCUGCAUAUUUUAUUCUUUCUUUAGAAAAUUCUCUUAAGAAGCAUUUGAGAUAAUUCGCUUUUUAAAACUGUACAGUUUCUAUGGGUUUGCUUUUUAAAUGAGAGUAUACUUUGUAGAUUUGAUUAUUAUAUUUUUCUGUUAAGAUUACAUUGGGCAUUACAAAAGCAUUCCCCACCACAGUGAAAAGAAAGCAAUCCUGUUGGUUUAUUGUAAAAGAAAAAAAUUUAAUUAAAACAAAAUUGCAGAGCUGUGGCAUACUCGAUCCAAUCAGAGCAUGACUCUUUACUACUCUUCAUUUACCACAUGAGAAAAAAAAUAAAGUUACACCAGCAAGAUUUCAUUUGAAGCUGUUCAUGCAUGCUGUUUGUACUGUAUUUGAUGGCAUAAUAUUGUUUUGUUUACAACCUUUUCUUUCUUGUCAUUCUAUUAUAUUCUUUGUAUGUAUAUAGUUUAAAAAAGAAAAAAAAGAUUAUACAAAGUAUUUUGUUCUACCUCUGUAAAAAUCAUAUUUGUGAAUAAAGUCACAUUGUCUGUGGAUUAUGGUAUUGAGAAUACAGCA